GUCGGAUGGACGAACAUGCUGGCUUUCCUGCAACCAGGCUGGGACUUUCGACAACAUCGUCGCAAUCUCGCAAAGAUUGGUGGCUCCAACACGUCCCUCGCGGCCUUUGACCGCAUCCAAAAUGAAGAAGCAGCACAUUUUUUGCUGAAUGUUCUGGAUAGCCCUGAGAAUCUUUUCGAUCACAUCCGAACAGAAGCUGGGGCUGUGAUAUUGAGAAUCACAUAUGGGUACACCCCGAAUGCAAGAGGUCGAGAUCCGCUGGUUGACAUGGCUGAGCAAGCAAUGUCAGACUUCUCUAUCGCGAGCGUACCGGGGAAAUGGACUGUUGAUCUACUACCAUUUCUGCGCUAUCUACCCGACUGGUGUCCAGGCACUGGCUUUAAAGCUACCGCGCGUGAAAUGAGAAAGACGUUUAUGCGCAGUGCGGAGCAGCCCUAUGCGUGGGUGAAAGAGCAGAUGCGCAAUAAAAAAGCAAAGACGUCCUUCAUGUCGCAGGCGAUUGAAUCGCUCGGUACAGAAGCCUCAAUGGAGCACGUCCACAAGUGGUCCUCGGUUUCCAUGUACUUGGGUGGCUCGGAUACGUCUGUAUCGGCCAUCAUGACCUUCUUCAUGGCCAUGGCUGUUUUCCCAGACAUCCAGAAGAAAGCGCAGGAAGAGCUGGACCACGUCAUUGGAGGUGAUCGACUGCCGGUUACCAGCGACAAGGCCAACUUACCAUACAUUGAGACAGUCGUCAAAGAGGCGCAUCGCUGGCACCCUGUUGUACCCAUGGGUGUGCCGCAUUGCUGUAUGGAAGAAGAUAGCAUCAGUGGCUACAGAAUCCCAAAGGGAGCCAUAGUUAUACCAAACAUCUGGUGGUUCACCCACGACCCAGCUGUAUAUCCGGACCCCAUGGCAUUCAAUCCUGACCGCUACUUCACGACGCCAACCCACACUGCUGAACCAGACCCUCGAAACUGGACAUUCGGGUAUGGCCGCCGAGUCUGCCCCGGUCGCUACAUUGCUGACAACGCGCUCUUCACAACCAUUGCGCAAUCACUGGCAGUCUUCAACAUCGAGAAACUGGUCGAAAAUGGGAAGACAGUAGAGCCGAGGAUUGAAUUUGAGCCUGGUGUUGUGAGCCACCCGGUGCCAUACCGUCUUAGUAUCAAGCCAAAGAAUGAGAAAUGUCGCCAGCUGAUCAAGCAAGCGGAGAACCUGUACCCCUGGGGUGAAAGCGACGCGCAGUCGUUAGAGAGUCUAAACUAG